UUCUGAGGGUAUCGCGUCAUGCUGAAGUGCUGAUACAAAGGGUUGUUAACAUGCGCAUUAGAAAAAAAUAAAUCGAUAGAAAAUAGCAUGCGCGUUACUGUUUUACUCAUCUCGCAUUCAUCCAAACAAUGUUCUCUCAUUUGUAAUGCUGUAGAGCUAUAAAUAAAUCAAAUGUUUACCAGAACGAAGAAAUGUAACAAAAUGAUGAUCCGCCUUAAUAACUUCUUAUACGUUUUUAAUUUACGCCAAGGCACAAUUUUAAUUGCUGUUCAUCAAAUUGCGCUUUCAUCAUUUGUGCUUAUUAUAUUAUUAGUUGGAAUAUCCCAUCUCGGGGAAAUGUUACAAUUACUUCACAAUGAUAUGAAAGAUGAGGAAGAAAGAAGAGGUUUCUAUGGAGUUUCUUACGGAGAUCAAGUCAUCUUUCACGAGAAUGAUGUAAUAAGUACUAACAAUCAAGUUAGAUUUGCUAAGGCACAGCAUCUUGCUUCAGUUACCGUCGUUAUUCUCUAUACGAGUACAAUUUUAACGGCUAUUUACCUCAUGUGUUCUAUAUCUCUGCUCUACGGGGCUGUGAAGUACAAGAGAGAAUAUGUACUGCCUUGGAUAAUGGCUGCAUGUGUUGCAGUGGUGCUUCUGAUCAAUUUUAUCAUAGUGUUCGAUGGUUACCCUUGUAUUGUGAACUUGUUCGGUGGCCACAAUAUGUACCAUUUCGGCUGCGCCUUAUUCGUCCUUACGUUUAUUUACGCUAUCUGCGCUGUGGGCAGCUUUGCGCUAGAAACAAGUGGGGGUCGGUGUUCUCAAGCUAAUAUUUCAAACGAUGAGAGAGGAGAAAGGCUCUUACUUCUCGACCACGCAGCUCAUUCGAGUUUGCUGUCAGCGGCGCAAUUGAACAAACUAUCUCAUGGCACUAGAACACAAUUUGUUUAAAACAAAACCAUAUAUUUCAACUAUAGAAAUGCUGCUGAGAAAGAAAUUUAUUUUCAUGUUGAAAAGUAUUUAUUUUUCUGAUAAGAUUAAUUAAAAUCUUUAUUCUUAGUACAGAGAUUUAAAUAGUUAAAAGAUGGAACAGCUAUUUCUUCUAUUCGGAUCUUUUUUCGAAUGAACUAUAACUCCUAGUCGCAUUUCUGCGAUGUUAUUUUGGCAUGGAAUACAAACCGUAAUCUGUUAUGAGGGAUAUUUUUUAUAUUAUCAAGCGUUUUGAGUACCUAUAAUUAUUUUGCUAUUUAAAUCUUUGUCAAUGUAGAUAAUUACUAGAGAUACAUACUAAGUAGGGCGCUAAUGCAUAUAAUAUUUUUGGUUGUGUUCAUGCACAAGUAAUGUAAGACAAAUAAAUUAUAAAAAUUAAUAAUAUUUUAAAAGCUGAAUGCACCGGCCUUGCUGUGAUCAUUUUUGCUGGUGUUAUUGUGAAAAAACAUGUUCAUUGCUUAUUUUAUGAAAUGUUUUAAAUUGAAAUAUAUUUACGAAUUUCAUUAUGUACUUUUAUUGACAAAAAUUGUACACAUUUCAACAGUGAAAUAAUUAUAUUUUUCUUAUGUACCUAUACAAUGAUUUUAUUUCAUUGUGAUGCUAAAGAAAAGGGAUAAUAACUGCAACAAUAAUUAGUAGGACUUUGCCUAAAUUAAAUUUACCUCAAAUAAUACAUUAGCCUUAUUGAUGUUUUACCAGAGUAAA